UCGUGCAAGUACGGGACGAGUCCACUCUUGUUUCACUAUCGAUCGCGUUGUCAUUUCCACAAUCAAACAUGGCCCCUACAGUGGGGUAUUGGGGUCCUGUCACUUCUACAUUGGACUGGUGUGAAGAAAAUUAUGUCGUCCUUCCGUUCAUCGCCGAAUUUUGGAACACCAUCAGUAACUUGAUGAUGAUCAUCCCUCCACUGUGUGGGGCGGUGCUGGCCUACAGGGAGCGGCUGGAGGCUCGCAUCAUCUGGUGUCAUCUGGGACUCCUAGUCGUUGGUAUUGGAUCAUGGUUUUUCCACAUGACACUUCUAUAUAGCAUGCAACUACUGGACGAGUUACCAAUGAUAUGGGGGUCAGCGUUCAUGGUCUAUGCAUAUGCCACACUUUCAAGCCCUCCACAGAGUAACCACACAGGGCUAAAAGUAUUCGAGUUCCUCUACUGCAGUAUUGUUACCAUUGUGUAUCUGGUCAACAAGAAUCCAGUGUUCCAUGAGGUUGCAUACGGGUUGAUGGUAUUCUCCAUCCUAGCAUGUGCCGUCAGAACCAUGCUGAAGUAUGAGCAUUCCCUCACGCUGUUCGUGGUAUCCACCGUGUCCUACGGCAUGGGCUUCCUGUUGUGGAAUGUGGACAACACUUUCUGUGGACAUCUCAGGUACGCCAGGAAGAAUGUUCUAGGGGCAGCAGGGCCAGUGACAGAGCUACAUGCGUGGUGGCACCUACUGGCUGGUUUUGGAACCUAUCUCUCCUUUCUCUUUGUAACACACACCCGCUAUCUGUACUUGAAGAAACAACCAAAGAUAAAGUUUCUGCAUGGUAUUGCACCGUAUGUGACUGUGAAUCACGACAGGAGAUGACGCACCAGUGCCUGCUAGCCACGCCCCUCCAACCUGCGUCCCCCGAUCACUUGCUACACACGUACAGGAACAUCAUCCACAACACAUGGCUCAUGUCAUUCCGUAUACAUUUCUUCUCACAAAGGGCAUUUGUAUUGUUAUUUUGAUGUCGAAACCUCAGACUCAGUAAUCUCAAUUCAUUAUUGAAAUAGGCACAGUUUUUUGCCCACAAAGCUAUUUUACAAUUUUGUGGUUUGACUGGCUCAAUAUACCCCCAAGUCUGACUGCUGGUUGCUAGGAUACGGCUGUAUAUUGUAAACUGCAGUAUAUGGUUCCAGUCUGACUGCUGGUUGCUAGGUUAUGGCUGUAUAUUGUAUACUGUAGUAUAUGGCUCCAGUCUGACUGUUGGUUGCUAGGAUACGGCUGUAUAUUGUAUAAAGCAGUAUAUGGCUCCAGUCUGACUGCUGGUUGCUAGGAUACAGCUGUAUAUUGUAUCCUGCGGUAUAUGGCUCCAGUCUGACUGCUGGUUGCUAGGAUAUGGCUGUGAUUUUGCCGACUAGGUUGAGUCAGCUCACACACACACUUGCUCAUAUUGUCCUGCAAUCGUGGACUUUAUCAUUUAACAUGCUGUUGUUUCCUCUGUCAGUUUUUAAUGGUUUUUAUUUAGAUAUUUUGAAAUAUAAAUGGGAAUUCAAAUAUGUAUAUGUAUAUCUCUUCAAAAUCUGUAUUCUUGUAAUGAAUGAUAAACUGAGUGAAAUAUGGUUUAGAGAAGCUGAAAUAUUUACUUUGUGGUGAAUAUUAUAUCACUUCUGGGGCUUGUUUGUUCAUUGUUUUCUCAUGUGAUUGUCAGUGACAAAAGCUAGUAUUACCAAGAAUGUUCUCCGGUGUUUUCUUGAAGUAGUUCUUGCAGGGCCAAAAGAUCCCCAAGAUUUCACUUACAGUAGUGAGAUGGAAACUGUCCUAUGUAUGCUACUCUAAAUAUGUUAAGGAACACACCAUUUUUUUCAUAUGACUAGAGUUAAUCUGUAAUGCCAAUCUUCCCGAGGCAAAGAAGUUAACUGACUGUAAAAGUCCAGUUUCCACCCUUGCAGAACUAGACUGGAAUUUCGUGGCUCAAAUGUAUUGUGAGUUCAUUAACCAAUCAGAUUCCACCACUCAUAUCACUUGCAUUUUGCUUCAAAUGCAGUCAAGGCGAUCAUUAAUCAAGAUCUUGAUUGUUGUAAAAACGGGUCUUACCCCGUACAGUGCAUCAAAUCAACUAUAAAACUCAACAAUUCCAGCCUAGUUUGUCAAGGGUGGAAACUGGACUUUUUACAGUUAACUCCCUGCCUCAGGAAGAUGGUCCUGUCCUGACAGAGUAACUGCAGUCAAAUGAACAAAUCAAGCAUUCUUUAACUUCCUUUUAGUAGUAUAUUAUAACUAAUUACUUUGAAGCAUAAAAGCCUUGAGAAAUAACUUCAUGGCACAUAAUUGCAGAGUGCGAUACAUUUGAAAGCUGACUUGAUCACUUUUCACAAUAACAUUGUCACUAUAUAUGCUUUUUAAUGAAGGAUUCCUAAGAUCUAUUUUUGUACCUUUUCUCAAUGAAUAUUUGCCAUUGAUGGGUUUGAAUGGUGGAACCUUCAGCUCCUACAUCAGCUGUUUGCAGGACUAUCCAGCAUACUUGAGACAUCAUCCAGGCAUCAUCGUCAUCAGGAUGAAAUUCCAUCAGAAAGCGUUUAUAUUCCCCUUGAUUAGAGAGGACAUUUGUGUAACCUAGGUAACACUCUCUCAAGUGAUUAUUGUCAAACUUCAGAUGUCCAGUUUUAUUUUCAGCCUCAUUGAUCUUGGUAGCCAUGAUAACAAUGAGAAAUAAUGCUGGAUAGUAAAAGUUUUACAAAUAUCGUGUUAGUUAGUGUUGGCUUGAAGUAACACAGCUAUUCAGUAUGUGUGCUAGGCCAUGAAGAUAUUCAUGGUUGUUCCAUCAUUGCCACAAAGUCCAUCUUCCUGAGGCAAGUGUUUCCACCCUUACCAUUUCAAGCCUACUAUUCUGUGCUAAACCAUCAGACUAUUAAAAAUAUCGAUAGUUCAAACAGAUACAAAAAUUAAGCAGAUACUGAUAUUUUCGAAGUGGUUUAAAGUUUUCAAUCAACUUGCCCAGGUACUUUUUUAUGUUUGAGUGCAAACUUCAUUGUUCUUUAAACUCCAACGACUGAACCCUUAUCACAGUGACAGUGAUUUCUUAUGAAUAUGGAAAGGGUUUUGUUGCUUUUAUUAUUGUGAAGCCAUUCAAAAAUGUAAAGCGAUCUGAUUGGAUAUUGCGUUUUCAUCACAUGGGACAGAACUCAUGUUCUACAUGCGGUGGCAACAUGAUCUAGCGAAGAAAAGGAGGCUUGAAAUCACAAGUGUAGAAACUAGGCUUUGAUGCAGGCUAGUGGGCACUCUGACCCAAGGAAGAUGCACAAAGUCAUGAAUGGUUUCACUGUAUUGUUCAUAGUGGUAGACCUGUUGUUUAUUAGAAAUCUGUUGACAAUUUUUAAUAAAACAGUAUUAAGUAUUGCUCUGGUUAAUGUGCAUGACAGCUUCAUUGUCAUUUUGUAUUUUUAGUGAUUCUUGCAGCCUGCUGCAAUGGGGGUUUGUUGUUGUUUAAUGUCUUCAUCAGAAGUAACACUUGUUUUGUCACGGUCAGUGUUGAUCUCACUUUUCUCACUGCCUGUUGUUUCCAUUAAGUCCCGAACAAUAAUUUGACAUAAUGGUGGCAUAAUCAUUGGCUUGUCGCAGUAAAGACAAAUGUUCCGUUUCCCGCAUACCGUAUCUGCUGUAAUAAGUACCUUGGGCGAUAAACAAUUGACAAGGGGGCAUUUAUUUAAACCAAAACAUUUUUUUCAGUGAUCAAGUGUAAGUGAACAAACUUUAAAUGUGCAUGAAACUAAAAUGUUUUUGAUAAUAUUUCACUCUACGGUACUGUUUUUCAAGAAAAUAUGGACUGUUAUGAAAAGUUUUGAUCUUAGAAGGGUGUGCUAAAUUAAAUUAAAUAGAUUGGUCUAGAAUUUGGUCAUGGGGGCUUAUUGAAUCAGGGCGCUUACUACAGCGAAUAUGGUAGGCACAAUAUGUGAAGCCUUUUCUUGUGUCCCCUGCCAUGAUAGGGCUGGAGUGUGGCAAGUGUACCAGUUACACACACAUGCAAUAUGAAGUGUUCAGACUCAAACAGAGUUCAGACAAAAGUACCUCGUAAAGGUUUGUGAAGCAAGAACUAACUCAGAUACUUGGUCCUAAAUUAGUAAAUAAAUGUAACAUCUGCGACCCUGACAUUUUUGUCACAUCCUCAACAAGGCAGUUGAUGAGGUGUUCGAUCUAACACGGUUCUCAAGCAAGUUAUAUAACCUGCUUUAUAACGGCGUUGCACCAUCCGUACAGCUUGUCAGUAAUGACGUCGACUUCAACCCAGAGAUCCUAUACCUCAACUUACAAAACAUAAAACACUAUGAUCAAAAAGUAAAUUCUUGAUUUCAGAUGUUUCUUUCCUCCAUGUAUGUGUGGCCACAUACAGAAGGCAACAUGACCUGCGUUGUGACCGCCAUGAAUAUGAAUUAGUGGCAGGGUUCAAUAUUUUGCAGGGGUGAUGGGUAUGGUACAGCAGGUGUAUAUGCUCUACUGUGCUUGACAGUGCUUUGUGUGCGGAACAUCCAUAUUCAUAGGGGCGGUCAGGUAGCCUAGUGGUUAAAGCGUUCUCUCGUCACGCCGAAGACCCAGUUCGAUUCCCGACAUGGGUACAAUGUGUGAAGCCUUUUUCUGGUGUCCCCCGCCGUGAUAUUGCUGGGACAUUGCUAAAAGCUGUGUUAAACCAUACUCACUCACUCAUUGCAUAUUCAUAAGCCUUUGGUUAUUUUUAAGGUUAGUUGAAUUGAUCAGUACAGUUACCGGUCUAAGGACCGCCCCUUGGUCUAGUGGAUAGAGCAUCUGCUUGUAUAGCUGAAGGGCGGUGGUUCGACCCCUUAUACUCAAAAACGUAAAAAGAUGGUAAUUUGUUGUUACCCUGCAGGCACUCGGCAUUAAGGGGCUAAAACAAGGAUUGGUCGGCUCAGAGUCAGUAUACUGUGUCUGAGCACGGACUUGUAUAUAGGUGUGUGGUCUGAGUGAGGUAUCCAUGUUAAACUGCGGUAUGGUAUCUCGGUGGGCUAGUACAAGCAGCACCCCACAACACAUGCAUGCAUGCACAUUACUGUAUCAGUGCCACAAUUUUGAAGGUGAUGUUAAUCCCAUCCCACCUCUCCUGUCUGAGUAAAUUAGCAGUGACAGUGGCCUGAGACAAGGUGUACAGUUGUCUCACUUGUGUGAGAGUGGUUCUGUCACCUGUAAUAGUGUGCGGUGUACAGCUACAAGCUGUGUAAACUACCCACACGCCCACGUGACAAACCACCUGUAAUAGUGUCUGGUGUA